AAAAGUUAGCAGGGGAUAAUGGAAUCAAGAAGAGUUGUCCAAACCAAAUCGAUUGCUUCCAAGUUACAAAGAUGCUUCAAGAACUUCCUGAUCUUUUGGUUCUCGACGAAGGCCAUACACCAAGAAAUGAGAACAGCCUUAUCUGGAAAGCACUUUCAAGAAUCCAAACUCAAAAGCGUAUAAUCCUAUCUGGAACUCCUUUUCAGAACAACUUUCGCGAGCUAUACAAUACCCUUUAUUUGGUAAGACCGAAGUUUGCUGAUAAUGUUAAAAAAGCACAGGGAUUAUCAAGAAAACAGAGACGAAAUUCGAAAGAGAACGUAGCAUUAAACAAAUGGGUAUCAUUGACAAAAGGCAUAGCUGAAAAUGAUGAUGAUAGGAUCAAAGAGUUAAAGGAUAUAAUUUAUCGAAUGGCACAUGUUUACAAAGGUGACAUUCUUAAGGAAAGCCUUCCAGGUUUGAGAGAUUCUUUGGUUGUGUUAAAGCCAACCGAGUUACAAAACUCAAUUCUUAAUGUCAUCUUGAAGAUGAAGAAUGGGCUUGAACGCGAACAUUGUGUUUCUUUAACGUCGGUUCACCCUUCAUUGUUGAUUCACUCUCAAUUAUCUGAAAAAGAAGAGUUUUCACUUUACAUGUCUCAGUUAGAUGAUCUUAAGAAAAAUCCAGAAGCAGGGGUGAAGACAAUGUUCUUAAUUGAACUAAUCCGUCUUAGUGAAAGCCUGAAUGAGAAAGUCCUUAUCUUUAGUCAAUACAUUCAUCCUCUAACACUUAUCAUGGAUCAACUCAAAUCCUACUUUGGUUGGUCUGAAGGUAAGGAAAUAUUGUAUAUGGAUGGAUCAAAAGACACAAAGCUUCGUCAAAUUUCGAUAACUUCAUUCAACAAUCCAGAUAGUGCGGUUAAAGUGAUGUUAGCCUCAACCAAGGCUUGUUCCGAGGGUAUAAGUUUGGUUGGGGCUUCGAGAGUUGUAUUGUUGGACGUGGUUUGGAAUCCCUCGGUUGAAAAACAGGCCAUCAGCCGGGCUUAUAGAAUUGGGCAGAAAAAACUUGUCUACACUUAUCAUCUUGUUGCUGGUGAAGCUGAGAGUACUAAGUAUGGUAGACAAACUCAUAAAGACAGUUUAUCUAAAUUAGUGUUUUCUUCUACAAAUGAUAAUAGUUCUGAGAAUAGUUUGAUGGGUAAUGUUGGGAAAGACAAGAUUUUGCAAGAAAUGGUUCAUCAUGAGAAAACUUGUCACAUGUUUGAGAAAGUUGUUCACCAAGAGGAAUCUAGUUGA